AGCCAGGGGGUGGCCAAGCUUCGCUGGAGUUCUGCUGCCAGCCCGGGAUCUGCUGUGCUCAGGAGGAACAGCUAAAAGGGGAAACAGCUCCUCGCACAGCUGGCCCGGCAGCUGAUAUUUGCAUAGUGCUUUGAGACGCGCAGAUGAAAGAUUUGAGAGACACGAAAGGCUGUCACUGCCUGUUUGUCAUUUCGUGUGGUUCCUCCCUGCUAUCGCACGCAAAGGAGACGACUUUCAGGAGAGGUGAGUGCAGCUUGAGGGAAAGAUAAAACAGUGGAGGCUUUUCCUGCCACGUCCCCUUGCACUAGGAGCACACCUGCGCCCCAGAGCUGGCUGGGCUCCAGCCCCCUCCACCCACUUAACAGUCACCUCACCCUCAUCCUUAUCUGUCCCCAGUUCAACGCAAGAGUCACCAUCGUCCCUGAGCCACCUCUGAUAUCCCACUCCAGGCUCAGCUGUGCUUGCUCUCAGGGGCUCUCAUGAAUUGCAAAGCCAAAAACUGGGAAUGAGUGACAGCAUCAGGGCUGCCUGCAGCAAGCAAGUGCGUGCCUGCAGAAGAGAGCCGGGAGGGAGGGAAGGAGCCUUAGCACAUGGCAAACCGGCAGCAAGGGCCCUGAAACUUCAGGUGAGUGAGGAAGGUGAUGGUAUCACUCAGGAAAGCAGCAGCAGGAGGCAGCAGGCAUCCCACCCCCCUCUCUGUGCCAGGCACGGCUCGGCGGAGCCCGACACGCCGUGCGCUCGGAGCUGGGCUCGCUUUCAGCAUUUCAAAUUUGCCGGAUGAUAACCUCGGUGUGCGAGUUCGCAGCUCUGAUCCCACCCACUCGAGGUCUGACUCAUGUUGCAGUCACCGCUGCCCGGGUAUUGGUACGAGAGCAGGGAGGGAGGCUGCUUCGAGAGGAGGGAGGAGAGGAGAGAGGAGAGGAGAGGGAGCAGCACACGCUUCUGCCUCCGCCACCGAGCCGCACGCACCGGGCAAAGUUGGAGCCGGGGCAGCCCCUGGAGUCUCCCAGACGCUCAGGGACUCUGAGGAAGCAGCACAUUUCCCAGGUUGUCCUUGGGAGGUGGCAAAGCUCUGUCCCUGCUGGAGCACUGCUGACCACUGUCACCAACCAAACAUGCAGAGGGCAUGAGAGCCCACAGGACCUGACCCAAUGGUCACUCAGAGGAAAGGAGAAGGCAAGAAAGGGAAAGAAGCAGUUGAGAUCCACCAGCAGCUGCCACAGGGCAUCAGCUCCAGCAGUGAGCUCCCAGAGCACAAAUGAGUUGCAGUGCCACAUCUUUCCUGGACCACAUCAUUCCCAGCACACAAGGCUGAACGUGUAAAGUGACUCUGCAAUGUUCUCCAAGAUCCCUGUAGAACAAGGAUCACUUUGGGAAGGGCUCUAGACCUGCCUGGUCCAGGCUCACUCCAAGCAGCUUAGGAUCUUAUGAGAGCAGGACUGCUCCAUCCUUGCAGUGACACCAUGGAUCCCUGUUACAACCACACAAGCUCUCAAAAAAGGAUGGACUUGCCCCUGCAGCUGCUGGUCGGGUUCUUUCUCGUCGUCCUCAUCGUGAUCACUCUCUGUGGUAACAUCAUCGUCUGCCUGGCCGUCACGCUCGACCGCCGGCUGCGGAGCUUGACAAACCGCAUCAUUGUGUCCUUGGCCAUCACAGACCUGCUGCUGGGCCUUCUGGUGCUGCCGUUCUCUGCUUUCUAUGAGCUCACCAAGGAGUGGCCCUUUGGCAGCGUUUUGUGCAACAUCUACACCAGCCUGGAUGUCAUGCUGUGCACGGCCUCCAUCCUCAACCUCCUCAUGAUCAGCCUGGACCGCUACUUUGCUGUCACCACCCCGCUCCGCUACUGCCAGGUGGUGACUCCCUCCCGGGUGGCCGUGGGUUUGGCCGUUAUUUGGACCGUUUCACUGAUGGUCUCCUUCCUACCCAUCCACCUGGGCUGGAACACCAAAGGCGCAGCAGUGCAAAACACAGGCCCCAGCUGCAGCAAGGAGUGCACGCUGGCAGUGAACCUCGUGUACGGGUUAGUGGACAGCUUGCUCACCUUCUACAUCCCUUUGCUCAUCAUGUGCAUCACCUACUACCGGAUCCUCAGGAUAGCGAGGGAGCAAGCCAAGAGGAUAAACCACACGUGGGGCAACGCGCCCAUGCCAUCCAUGGUGAAAGAGCACAAAGCCACCGUGACGCUGGCAGUGGUGCUGGGAGCGUUCGUCGUGUGCUGGUUCCCCUACUUCACCAUGUUCACCUACCGGGGCGUGUGGGGGGACAGCCAGGUCAAAGGCACGCCCAUGUCCAUUGUGCUCUGGCUGGGCUAUGCCAACUCAGCCCUGAACCCCAUCCUCUACGGGACACUCAACAAGGAUUUCCGAGUGGCGUACCAGCACUUGCUGCACUGCUGGAGGACGGGACACGCCAGGAACUCCCACCUGCCUCCCCUCCAGAAGGCCCAGCCCAGGGGCAGGCAGGGCCAGGGCAGGCAGGAGGGUAAACCCUUGAAACUGGAGGUGAGGAACGAGAAAGGGACUCUGCUCACUGAUGGAGCCCUCAAGAGCACUGGAGCUCUUCUGUGAGUCUCAGCCAGCCCGCUGCCCUAGGACCCACAUCUCCCAGCCUUCAACUCCUGGCUGCCCUCUUCCAAAAUCCUGUCUGUGAGGUUGAAAGGACAACACUCAGCUUUCCUCAGCACAAAACUCAACAGCAGAGGCGAGAGCUGCAAGGGCCCCUGCUCUGGCACGCAGCAUCACUCAAACACUGCUGGAGAGGCCUCUGCCCGCCCAGGUUUCUUCCCAGGAGGGUGCUGGGUUAGAAGAGCCCUCGGAGGAGCUGCAGAAGAACAUCUCCCCAUCCUGUCUGGACAGUGACACUUUCAGCAUCAAGCCCCACAGCAGCAGGAAGAGAUGCCUGAGGAGCUGGCUCAGGAAGCAGAGCAUGCCCUCGGCAGGGCUGGGCUGGGCUGGGCGUGCCUCUCCAGAGCCCUGGCAGUGGGCCAGGCUGCUGGGGGAAGGGGCUGCUGUUGAGGUCUUGGUGCCAGGCAGACCAGGCUAGGAUGGAGAAAGACAACACAGACACCACCUUCCCUGGUGUCCUAGGGAUGUAGCCACCCCUCAGAGGGGCAAGGCCCUGGUAGAUGGGGAUGCUGUGGCAGGAGGGCUCAGCGUGGCGGAUGUUGGCAGCCACGAGUGCUGGAUGUCCUGUGCACAGGACAUCCCCGUCCCUCAGCAUCCAUGCUGGGGCAAGGCUGCUUCCCAUCCCUGGGGCUGUCCUUACACCACACCCCCUGUCCCAGCCCUACUGCAAGGCAAAGAGAAGCCCUGGAGCCUGCAGGGGAGAACUGAGCAGCCAGGGCUUGCCCCAGGCUCUGCCCUCCCCAGCAGCUCAGCACAAAAGAGGAGGUUUCCGCCCCAAGCCUGUGCAGAAAUCAUCAGUGGUAUAAAAAAAAUCUAAUUAAGACAGAAGGAAAAUGAGAUUCUUGAUUUCUGUGGGUGUGCUUUGUCCUGGGAAGAGCCUCCCUGCCCUGCUCUAUCCUGCUGUCCCAUCUCCAUCCCUCUGCUGGGGCAGAACCUGGACACACAGCACAAGCCCCCAAAACAGAGGCACAGCUACCCUGGGCGAGGCUGGCACCCCCCAGAGCACAUCUUGCCCUGUGGGAUGAUCCCUCAGGAUGUGCCUGAGCUGAUGGAGCAGGGGACACUUUGCCGUCCCCCAGGCGCGGACCCGGAGGGGCGGCACCGCCGGCUCGGAGCUCCCCCUGCUUGCUGCGGGCACGGAGCGGCCCCGAGCUCCGGCCACACCGUGGGGAUCACCCACGGCAGGGCCGGGCUCCCCGACCCGGCACCGCGCACCCCAAUCACUCCCCCAGCUCCUCGACACCCCCCGAGCCACCCCAGCGCUGGGUGUCACCAUCUGCCACCGGCUCCUGCGUGGGUUUCACCCUUCCACCACUAAUGAGGGGUUGCAGGGAGCAACUGGCUCCCAAAGGGCGAGGAGAGCUGAGGGGGGAGCGUUGCAGCCCCAGUGCCCCCCAGCCCCCAGCCAGAUCCCACCAAAACCCCAGCGGGCAAGGAAACAUCCCCAGCACGGGGAUGCUCUGGCAUCAAGGUCCCCUCGCGGUCCUCCCUCGUGUGACCUUGGGGUCAGGAGCUGUGAAACUCCUGGGCUGAGCCCCCAAACAGAUUGAGAAGUUGCCUCAUCAGCAGCUUUGCAGGGUCCCUGCAGAGGAGCACACGGAGCUUUUCCUCCCCAAACAAACCCGGCAGGAGCGGCCCGGGGCCGCCCGGAGCAUCCUCGCUCUGCUCCAGCUCCGGGAAGAGCUGGCAAACACACACCCAAACCCCUGCCACCUAUGAUAACAAUUAGAGGCUUAUCUAAUUGCAAAAAUAAUUGCAAUUGAAGUGUUUAAUUACCAUGCUAAGCAGGAAGAGCCGUUUCCUACUGUUCCAGUAGCACUCCCGAUCCAUCAAACGAGGUUUGGGGCUUGUUUGGGUGCUGGGCUUUUUUUGGUUUUUUUUGGUUUUCUUUUUUUGAUUAUUAGAUUGCAGCCCCAGGGGAUUAAGAGAUUUGCUAAUUAGGGUCUUGGAGAACAGCUACCAAUUCACAAACACUUGCUUUUAAUUUCAGUACUAACGAGGCUGGAAGGGGAGAAAUCCAAAAUGCGGAACAUCUGUGGCAGUGCUGGCUGCAGCAGCGCUGCCCCCAGCCCCUCCUCGCUGGGCUGGCACUGCUCAGGGACCAUCCCAGAGACCCCGGGCAUGGGCUGGGCUUGGCUCGGUGUAAGCACAGGCAGGGUGGAGCUGCUGCUCUGGGUCGCUGCUGUCACCGAAGCCACCGCACAAACUAAUCCCAGCAUCGAUCAUCUGUCUAAUCCCCUCAGGGACCAUCGGCUUUCUCAGUGAUGGGCUAAUCCUGGUCCUGAGGCAACCGUUCCAUCCCCUGGGGGUGCAGCAGCAAGAAUUUCUCCAGGUGACAUGAGGUUUUGUUCUCCUCUAAACUGACAACAAAAGAGAAUUUAAUUCUCUCGCCAAGCAGCAAUUCUGGGAGGGAAGAGAAACUGCUUGAGAAGCUCCUAACCAACAUCUGCUCUCGCAGAUAGGAAACAUCCCCUGCUAGUGGAGGGAGCACAGGCGGGGCUGGCUGCCAAGUGCACGGGGACAUCCCCUUCCUCCUGUCCCUGCAGGGGGACACAGGAGCUCCACUGCCCUAAAUACAGCACCCAACCCUCACCCUGCUCCCCCCAGGGACCCACAGUGCCUCCUGGCUGGGCUUCUCCCACCAAACCACCUUUCCCGUCCUUGCCACAGCUCUGGGGAGGGUCCAAAAACCUGCGAAGAGGGGACACAGGGAAGGAGAGAAGCACAGGGGAGGCAGGAGCAGCCGCAGGGCAUCCAGGCGUCCUGUCCCCCAGGAGCACAGCUGAGACGCGGUGGCUGCCACAGGCCGGAGGCAAAGGAGCGUUUUAUUUCUUUUAGAUAAAAGAGAAACAUCAGUAGAAUGAGAAAAAAAAAAAGUG